AUGAAGAAGAAACAUUUGGAAUGGUUUUUAUCCGAGAUUGAAACAUUCAAGAAUCCAAAAUUACAACUUGAGCAAUAUUCAACGAGCGUUGCACUUGCAGAGGCUAUACUGGCUGCAAUAAAUGAUGAAGGAUGUCUUGAGGGUUGUACGGUGGCUGAUUUGGGAUGUGGUUGCGGCAUAUUGCUCCUGGGAGCGGUUAAAUUGGGUGCGAGUUAUGGCUUAGGUGUUGAAAUCGAUGAGGACGCGCUGAAAAUUUGCCAAGCAAAUAUUGAGCAUUGCGGUUUGGAAAGUAAUGUGGAUGUAUUGCGGCUGGAUGUUACAAAAGCAAUAUCAAGCAUAAAGCCAAUUUUUGACACAGUUAUUAUGAAUCCACCGUUUGGCACAAAAAAUAAUUCUGGUAAAGAUCUACAAUUUGUGGAAGCCGGCUUAGCAAUCCUGAAUAGCACUGGGAAAUUAUUUUCGUUGCAUAAACGCAGUACCCGGCGAUAUAUUGAGAAAUUUGCAUCACAGAAGCCGAAUAUCAGUGGAGAGUGCAUUGCCGAACUACAGUGGGACCUUCCUGCCACAUAUGCAUUUCAUAAACGCAAUUCUGUGGAUAUAGAAGUGGAUUUGUGGCUUUUCUCAAACUACCAUAAAAAUGGGCCAACAGUUCGGUGA